AUGGACGCACCCAAUCCGCCCAUCCACGGGCAGUCUCAGAGCCCUCUUUUCUCUCUGCCGCCCGAGAUACGCCUACACAUCUUCUCAUUUGCCCUCACCAAGUCCCUCGAUCCCGCUCACCCUUACAGCCCAGAUACCUACUAUUUCCGACCAGGCUACACGGCCCCGCGCCCCAUCCAUACCGCACUUCUCCACACCUGUAAACGCGUCUACGCCGAGGCCCGCCACUUCCCCUUCGUCAACGCCGACCUCACUUUCUUCCUGUGUUCUCGUGCCCGCGCGCCGGGGUUCAUCCCUCUUCCGCAACUCCGAGAAUUCCUUGCGCGCAAAAAGACCAAGCACGGCCCCCUCGAGACCUCGCACAUCCAGAUCUUCGCGCAACUAUACGUCCUCGAACAAAACUCCGACUUUCAGGAAGUUCUUGAUGUGGCCCAUCUUGACCCGAAACGGGUGACGCUUACCAUCCGACACUCAGACUUCUGGUUCUGGGAGGAUUGGCAGAAACUCCACAUGGAUGGGGAGUGGGUCAACCGGGUCCGGUUUCCGAAUAGUGUGGUGGAAUUCGCCAUCGAAAUGGAGACGAUCGACAAACGCGCCGAGGAAGUGAAGUAUCUUGCCUCUGAGGCGGUCGAUAAAUGGUUCUUUACCCGCAAAGACGGGCGGAUCCUCAGGGCGGAGAAAUCGGAUACGAGCACCUCGACCUGGACUGGUAGCUCGGUGCUGGAUGAUAAGCGGUGGAUUAGAGAUGAGGCAAGGCCUGGGGAGCUGGAUUAUCAUGUCGUCACGAACCGGUGGAAACUUGUGCCUGCAGACGGGGUUGAAGCGCUAGGGUUGGAUUUGAGCACGCCUAGACCGAGUCUGGAUAUUCGGGGAGGAGUUGGUCAGGAACCGCCCUCGUUGUAUCGUAGAAAUUCAAUCAGCGUCAGAGAGAUGCAGCGGGCGAAUGUUACGAAAGAGACGCCGGUGGACGAGGUUCUACAAGCACUCAAUCCCGCGAGACUGAAUGGGCGGAGACUCGUGCGGAAAGCUACCAAGCUAUCGCCAUCUCGAAUUCAGGACAUCCUCGAGGUGACCCUGUCAGAGGUUGAUCGUCCUGAUUCGACGGGAGCUACUAUUGUCAAUGAUUGGGCUACGGAGUCUGGCUUCGCAUGGACCCGAGAGAUAGUGGAAGCAGACUUUGUCCUAUCUUACAGUGUCACACGAUUGAUGUUCGAUCCCCAUUGCCUCCUCUUUCUCUGUAUUCUCUCAUAUCUCUCGAGCGAAGAUAUAUGGAGCUCACUCGCCCUUGAGAAGCCAGUGGGAACUAUCUUCAAUGUCAUAUACGGACCACAUGGGAACCGGGGAGCCACAUUCUUUCGCAGAGUUGUCGAUUAUCUGACACAAUUACACGACGAUGAGGAAGACCCCAGUUCAAAGAGUCAUUACGAGUCCGGGACGGUGUUGCUUCACUUAGCAGAGGCAAUAUUAAGCACAUUGUUACAAGUCCAGGAGGCUACAUUCAAGGCUGAGUUUAAACAAUUGACCGAAACGCUCUGGACCUGUUUCUUUCUGGACGCGGACAUUCAUCACUUACAGAGCCCUGUCACACGGCUCGCCAGAGAAACCCUUCUAAAAGCCCAAGACAUAUUCCACACUGGGGAUGGUAUUAGCGUUGGCGCGCAGAGGGUGCUUGGGGCCCCAAAAAAAGCAAACAAUUCCCAGCCUAAAAUCCCAGUUGAUCCUCCUGGGCAGCUCUCGCAGCAUGGCAUCCGGCAUGACAACGACCAUGCAUCUAUUUCGGAUAUCAAUAUUCUGCCAACGCUGUCUGAAAUUUGGUACAGCCGCCGGAAUGACUUUCUCCCCACUAAGGAUGCUCUGUACUCCCAAGAUCGGCACCAUGAGAGCGCUGUCCGUUGUCUUCUUGACACCCAUUUUCGUUUUCUCCGGGAGGAUACAUCGGGCGUCUUGAGAGACUUUGUCCGUGGUAUUCUUGAGAAUUGGGAGGCGCUUGUCUACGGAACCAGAUGGCAAGACAAACGGAGAAUACUGCGGUCUCAUGUUCCCACUCCCGUUCGUAUAUAUUACGGCGCCCGGAUUCAAAAAGCCAAGUCAGACUGUAUCAAAGGAAUGGGGAUUGACGUAGAGUUUGAUCAGGUACCAAGGGCAAGGAACAUGAGUGUUUGGAAAAGGAAGCAACACUGGCGCAAUACUCGUGGGUUGAACGAAGGCGGGGCAUUGUUGGCCCUUAUCGACGCGGAGGUCAAGGAUGACAUCACCGUCAUUUUCUUUCAGGUCUCCAAGAGGAACAUUGACCCUGUAACAGAUGAAAACGACAAGAAUAUCGUUCUUGACUUGGUGAGCAGCAGCAAAAGGGCUCUGAUCUCCCUCCGCCUCACGAAUCCCCCUUCCGGGGGCGACUUGGAUGGCAUCAUUCAUCUGGCAGAUAAUCAGUUUUCCUCCUCGGCCCGAUCUCUGAUACUUGUUGAAUUUCCCGCUCUCCUGUUCAAUGCCUUCGAGGGCAUUCUACGGCGCCUGCAGGCUUUAUACAAAAACCCCCAAAAGGUUCCAUUGACUGACUGGAUAGUUCCCCAAGACACAUACCCCCCGGGAUAUAAGACAACGUACGGAUACAAAGCGUUCCCUGUUUUCCCACCAGCAUACCUUCAAAAUGUGACCUUGGAUCUUUCGUCCAUUGCCAAAAAUGAAGCGGGCGGAAAUGCCGCGCCAAUUACGUUUUCAAUUGAACAAAAUUUCAACAUUUUGUGCGAUGAGCUAUCCAAGAAAACAACACUUGAUAUGGGCCAGGCGCGAGCGAUGAUCUCAGCAUUCCAGAAUAGCUUAGCACUCAUUCAAGGCCCCCCAGGAACAGGCAAGUCUUACUUAGGGAUUCAGAUCGCAAAAUGCAUCCUUGCGAACCAAGAUCAGUUACAACUGGAACCUAUCUUGUGUGUCUGCUACACGAAUCAUGCACUCGAUCAGUUUCUACAAGGGCUUUAUGACUCGGGAAUAUCGAGGAUUGUCCGCAUUGGUUCUCGUAGUGCUUCCCCACUGUUGGAAUCACUCUCACUUGAGAAUUACAAAAAACUUGAGAGGAUUCCCCGUAUAUCGGGACACGGGAGAUUAAUUAGCGAACAGAAAAGACGGCUAGGCGAACUGGCUUGCAAAAUCGGGGAUAUCUGCCAAAGGCUUCAAAGUGGAACCAAUGGGCUUGUCAUGCCAUUUCUCAAAGAUCGUCUUCCUAUGCAGGAGGUACAGAUCGCUGAGGAAGUGAUGGUAGGGGAUUUGGAGCCUCUUACUACUUGGGCUCGUGGGAGCGCCCCGGGCGACCUUAGUGGAAACGAAGAGGAGCGCACUAUCGAACAGUUGCUCUCUGUCAACAAAUGGACGCUAACGAAUGAAGAGCGCAAGCGCUUACUUGAGUACUGGCACGAAUCUGCUAUUGAAGGACUGUGUUUCCAGCUGCGGGAUUUGAUGCAACUGCAUGCUUCAAAGAAGAAAAUGUUCACUUCGCUCUUCAAUGCGGCAGACGCCCAGGUAUUCGACCAAGUGGAUGUUGUUGGCAUCACAACGACCGGUCUAGCAAAUAACGCUGAUCUUCUGCGUAGCCUCCGCGCAGAUGUGCUUAUUUGUGAAGAGGCUGCUGAAGUACUCGAAUCACACAUUCUUACGGCGUUCUUGCCUUCUGUUCAACAUGCGAUUUUGAUUGGAGGCCAUCUACAACUACGUCCCAAAAUCUCAACUCGACGGCUGUCAGCGGAGUACGAUCUCGAUGGUCCUAAAUACAACCUCGACGAAUCUCUUUUUGAGCGGUUGGCAAACUUUCGUCCUCCAAAUUGCGCCAUACAGACCGAAGAAGGCGACCACACCGCUGACACUAUUCGCUUUCCUGUAGCGCAACUGGAUCAGCAGCGGCGAAUGCACCCAUCGAUUGCUUCUCUUGUCCGAGGAACAUUGUAUCCUGACUUAUGCGAUCAUCCUGAUACCCACUUGUACAAUGAGAUCUCUGGCUUCAAACGCGGGUUGUUUUGGCUUGACCAUCGCAACACGGAAGAUCCAGAUGAUCCAGAGGACCCGAUGCAAAGCAAAACAAACACGUGGGAGGUAGAAAUGGUUGUCUCCGUGGUGAAGCACCUGUGUAAGCAAGAGCACUACAAGCCAGGGGAAAUUGCCGUUUUGACGCCUUAUAUCGGUCAACUGAGGCUGCUGGUGGCUCAAAUGGACGGUAUAAUUGACCUGGUAAUUGCAGAGCAAGAUCUAGUCGAUAUUAAUGAGCCUGGAGCACAGGAAGACGCAAACGACAGCAAACACAACAGACGAACAGUCGAGAAAGGAAGCCGUGCAAAACAUGGCAUGUAUAUCAUCGGAAAUGCCGAUACAGCGUCGGCUGUUCCAAUGUGGUCGUCAGUUAUCAGAAUGCUAGAAGACGGCGGCAACAUCGGGCCCAAGCUCCAGCUCGAAUGUCCCCGACACCCCGAAAGUAGCGUCUAUGUUUCAACUCCUGAGAACUUCUCAGAACUGGCUCCGGAAGGCGGACAUUUCAAAGGCAAAGUGCUUUCAACCAUGCCAGCAACUGCUAGACUGCGGACACACCUGUCAGAAGCCAUGCUGGAAAUGUUUGGGGACCUGUUCACACAGUUGUGUUCAACUCUGCCAUCCAUCGACCCCCUGCUCUCCUUGCGACCAGCCCUGCGAGGUGCGCUUCUUGCCACAGUAUUUGUCCCAAGGAAUGCAGCGACCCAUGUGCUCCUUGCGCCGAGAAACGCGGAUGGAGCUGCAUUCAUCGGCAAGGAAACUCUUGCAACAUGCCAUGCGCAGUUCCGUGCGACAUACUCCCCUGUGACAAGCGUUGUGACAAAAUACUACGCUGCGGACACCGCUGUCCGAGUAUCUGCGGCGAGAAAUGCCCUGGACAUCUACCGUUACAACCGAAUUGUGAAAAAGGCAAUACUAGACGAGUCAACUAGGAGAUUUAUCAUCAUGGCAAACUCAGCCUACAAAGCGCUCAUCGAUGCAGUUUCAAAGCGUGAGAUAGAGCUCGAAAAUUGCAGAUCAGAUUUCCUCCUCCGCUGCUCAAUGGCAGCAGAACAACCUGGAAGUUCCAAUGUUAGAGAGUCCAUCAAUUCGUUCAAGGAAAAGGACAAACUGAAUAAGAGAAUCCACAAGUUCACGGAGUUUAUGGCCGCUGCAGAGCAGCCCUAUGGGAGGCUUCUCCAGCUUCGCCACACAUGGGCCAUCCUAUGGAACUACCGAAUGAUAUUCACCGAUCUCCAUGUUGACCCGAAUUUUCGUUCUGAGCUAUGCGAUGUGACGGCAAAACGACUUCAAUCACUCAUCGACAUUUCUCUAUCCAUCCAAAAGUGUAGUAGGAAGGCGAAGCUCUUAGCACAAGAGGUAGAAGCGAUGAUAUAUUACGCAUUGUUCUCGUUAUUGUCUCUUAGUACUGCCGAGGCCAAAGGACAACAAUUAAGUAUUGAGGCCACUAAUGAGCUCCACGAACAGGCAUCUGCUACAAUACGAAAGUGCGAGAUUCUCCAUUCCAACAACCCGGGCACCCUAGGGUUCUUGGGUGGCGACAUCGAAAAGGCCAAAGGACUAUUGAGCGGCGCGACAUUCUACAGUUUCGUUUCAACGGAGGAAAAGAAACAGGUCUACGACGCCAUGGCGAGUCAGUUCUCGGGGACCGGACAUUGGUAUUACUGCCGAAACCACCAUCCUUUCACCGUGGGCGAAUGCGGACUACCGAUGGAGCAAGCUCGGUGUCCGCAAUGCGGAGAGCCGGUUGAGGGGCUUGAACAUGCUCCUUCUGUGGGAGUCACUAGAGCGCAGGAUUUUGAGAAGCAGUUCGGUGGGAAUUAA